AGACAUGAACUUUCAACCUCAGCAAUAAUUAAUUUUCACAUAAUAUAUUUACGAUUACGAAAGAGAACAGAGGGGCGACUUCAAGAUGGCAGAUUUAACGCCACCACCCAGCCCUUGCCGCCUAUCCUCACAGAACCCUUGCCGCCUCUCCUCGCCCUGCCCAAAUCGUCUUUCCUCACUAAGAUAUAUCUCCCCACCAAAUCGCCUCUCCUCUCCAACAAGGGAUCUCCAUCGCAUCCCCGACCGUCACCGCUCUAUCACGAAACGAAGACGCAGUGAAACAUCCAGAUCCCACCUCCUUCUCCUCAAAAUCGAGAGUGCUCGGCUCAGGAUUGAGAACGAGCGGUUGAAGGAAGAGAAUGCACAAUUGAAGGAGGAGAGCGCCCGAUCAAGCGCAGAGAAUGCUUAUUGGAGAGAGUGAGUUGACCGUCUGCGCGAGGAGAAUGGUCGCUUGAGGGAAGAGAACUUCCAUUUGGGGGAGGGGGAUGCCAAUGCCAAUUUGAAAGAAGACAACGCUCGACUACGCCA